GUGAUGAGCUCUUUAGCGGUGCUGAGCUGGACGGGACUGGGGUGCCUGCUGUGGGCAUUCAUGGCACAGCCACAGGAGCGCUUACUGGAGAUGAGGAGGCAAGAAGAAAGAUUACAUCCUGCCAAAAUGGCAGAGAUGCGUCAACAGAAUGAGCUGAUUCUGAAAGCUCUCAAAGAUGCUGCUGAAACUACGGAGAACGUGGCCCGGAAAUCUCCAUGGAGUUCCAGAUGAAAAACUGCUUCUAUUAAUGAAGCUCCAGAACCUGAUUUAUGUACAGACGAAGAGCAAACUGAAAAACGUUGCCUUUAUAUUC